AUGAGUUGCCCCAGUUGGAACUGUCGGGGUCUGGGCGGUACCCGAUCAGUCCGAGAACUUCUGGACUUUAUGUCCAAACACCGCCCCAUGUUUGUCUUCUUGAUGGAGACAAAGGCAACAAUUAGUAAGUUAGAGGAACUGCGUAUGCGAUUGGGUUUUGAAGGCAAAGUUUGUGUGGAACGUACAGGUCUCGGCGGGGGCCUCGCGUUUCUUUGGCGGGAUACGGAUGUGGCAUCUUUGAUUAAUUACUCUCCCAAUCAUAUUGACAUGAAAAUCACUCUGCCUGGCCGACCAGCAUGGAGACUCACUGGUUUCUAUGGUGAAUCGGAUAGGGCUCGACGACACAUCACGUGGGAUCUACUUCGGCAACUCAGGGACAACUCAUCUCUCCCCUGGGUGGUCAUUGGCGAUUUCAACGACAUAGCAUGUCACUCGGAAAAGCAGGGCACACACCCCCAUCCGGCGGCACUGAUCGAGGGGUUCAAUGAUGUACUGGGGGACUGCCAAUUAAUGGAUCUGGGUAUGAGGGGAGGCAGAUUCACCUGGGAGAAGGGACGUGGUACUGAGGAGUGGGUUGAAGAGCGUCUAGAUAGAGCGGUGGCCACAACGGAAUGGAUAGAUAUGCAUGAUGACGUGGUUGUUCAUAACCUUUUCACAAGGUCAUCAGAUCACCGAGCCAUCUUGGUUAAUCUAGAUAUAGAACCUGUGCGGGCAGCUCAUCGAUCUUUUAAAUUUGAGUCGGCCUAG